UGUUUCCUGCCUUCAGAUGGUUCUGGUAUUUAUGAUCCUUGUGAAAAAGAAGCCACUGAUGCUAUUGGGCAUCUAGACAGACAACAAAGGGAAGAUAUCACACAGAGUGCUCAGCACGCUCUGAGACUCGCUGCUUUUGGCCAACUCCACAAAGUCCUGGGGAUGGAUCCCCUCCCUUCCAAAAUGCCCAAGAAACCAAAGAACGAAAACCCCGUUGACUACACAGUCCAGAUUCCUCCCAGUACAACGUACGCCGUCACCCCCAUGAAGCGGCCCAUGGAGGAGGACGGAGAGGAGAAAUCUCCCAGCAAAAAGAAAAAGAAGAUUCAGAAAAAAGAGGAAAAACUCGAACCUCCCCAGGCCAUGAACGCCCUGAUGAAACUAAACCAGUUAAAACCCGGCCUCCAGUACAAACUGGUCUCUCAAACUGGUCCCGUUCACGCUCCCAUCUUUACCAUGUCCGUGGAAAUCGACGGCAGCACCUUCGAGGCGUCGGGGCCUUCCAAAAAAACGGCCAAAUUGCACGUGGCGGUGAAGGUGUUGCAAGACAUGGGUUUGCCCACGGGAGUAGAAGGCAAAGAGGCCGGCAAAGGAGACGAGUCGGCGGAGGAAACGGAGCAGAAACCCGUCGUGGUGGCUCCUCCACCCGUGGUAGAGACCGUCUCGACGCCCACCGCUGCCUCACCUCCCUCCGAUCAAACCCCCGAGAACGUGAAGCAGCAGGGACCAAUCCUGACGAAACACGGCAAGAACCCCGUCAUGGAGCUCAACGAGAAGCGACGGGGCCUGAAAUACGAACUGAUCUCGGAGACGGGCGGCAGCCACGACAAACGCUUCGUCAUGGAGGUGGAGGUGGACGGGCAGAAAUUCCAAGGAGCCGGUUCGAAUAAGAAGGUGGCCAAAGCCUACGCUGCUCUGGCCGCGCUCGAGAAGCUCUUUCCGGAUGCUCCGGUGGCCAUCGAGCAAAACAAGAAGAAGAGAGCCCCCGUGCCAGCCAGGGGGGGCCCCAAAUUUGCAGUAAAACACAACCCGGGGUUCGGCAUGGGGGGCCCCAUGCACAACGAGGUGCCCCCCCCUCCCAACAUGAGGGGCCGGGGCCGGGGCGGCAACAUGCGGGGCCGCGGCAGAGGCCGGGGCGGAUUCGGUGGCAACCACGGUGGCUACAUGAACGCAGGUGCUGGGUACGGAAGUUACGGCUACGGAGGGAAUUCGGCGACGGCGGGCUACAGCCAAUUCUACAGCAACGGCGGCCACUCCAACUCGGGGGGCGGCGGCGGAGGCGGCGGCGGGGGCUCCUCCGGUUACGGCUCCUACUACCAGGGGGGGGAUAACUACAACUCCCCCGUGCCCCCCAAACACGGGGGCAAGAAACAGCAGCACGGGGGCCAGCAGAAGCCCUCCUACGGCUCGGGCUACCAGUCCCACCAGGGCCAACAGCAACAAUCCUACAACCAAAACCAGUACGGCAACUACGGGCCCCCCCAGGGCAAGCAGAAAGGCUACAACCACGGCCAAGGCAACUACUCCUCCUACUCCAACUCCUACAACUCGCCCGGAGGUGGAGGCUCCGACUACAACUACGAGAGCAAAUUCAGUGAGUUAUGGGGGUGUUUUUUCUAA